AUGGCGGAGCAGCAGCAGUUCUACCUCUUACUGAGCAACCUGAUGAGCCCUGACAACACCGUCAGGAAGCAAUCUGAGGAAGCGUAUGACACCAUUCCCGGUCAGACCAAGAUCACAUUUUUACUGCAGGCCAUCCGUGAUGCAUCCGCUGCCGAGGAGGUUAAGCAGAUGGCGGCUGUUCUGCUGCGCCGCCUGCUGUCCUCAUCUUUUGAGGAGGUUUAUCCCAACCUGACCGUAGACAUCCAGACGGCCAUCAAGACAGAGCUGCUCGCUGGAAUCCGGUCUGAAGCCUCCACCAACAUCCGCAAGAAGACCUGUGAUAUUGCUGCAGAGCUCGCACGCAAUCUCAUCGAUGAUGACGGCAAUAACCAGUGGCCAGAAAUCCUCAAGUUCCUGUUUGAUUCAGUCAACUCUCAAGAUGUCGGCCUCCGAGAAGCAGCGCUGCACAUUUUCUGGAACUUCCCAGGCAUCUUCGGCAAUCAGCAGCAGCAUUACAUGGAAGUGAUCAAGCGCAUGUUGGUUCAGUGCAUGCAGGACCAGGAAAACCCACAGAUUCGAACCCUCUCUGCACGUGCAGCUGCAUCCUUCAUCCUGUCCAAUGAGGGAAACACAGCCCUGCUGAAACACUUCUCUGACCUUCUUCCUGGCAUCCUGCAGGCAGUGAAUGAGUCCUGUUACCGUGGUGAUGACUCUGUGCUGAAGUCGUUGGUGGAGAUUGCAGACACGGCCCCCAAAUACCUGAGACCAAACCUAGAAGCCACUCUGCAGCUGAGCCUGAAGCUGUGUGCAGACACAAACCUCACCAACAUGCAGCGUCAGCUUGCUCUGGAAGUCAUCGUCACGCUGUCUGAAACUGCAGCUGCCAUGCUGAGGAAACACACCAACAUCGUUGCUCAGAGCGUGCCUCAGAUGUUGACUAUGAUGGUGGAUCUGGAGGAGGAUGAGGAGUGGGCCAUGGCUGAUGAACUGGAGGAUGACGAUUUCGACAGUAAUGCUGUUGCUGGUGAAAGUGCUCUGGACAGGAUUGCAUGUGGCCUUGGAGGAAAGAUCAUCCUUCCCAUGAUUAAACAGCACAUCAUGCAGAUGCUGCAGAACCCGGACUGGAAGUACCGGCACGCGGGUCUGAUGGCUCUGUCUGCGAUUGGCGAAGGCUGUCAUCAACAGAUGGAGGCCAUUCUGAGUGAAAUUGUCAGCUUCGUCCUGCUCUUCUGUCAGGAUCCACACCCCAGGGUUCGAUACGCUGCUUGCAAUGCUAUUGGACAGAUGGCCACAGACUUCGCCCCAACCUUCCAGAAGAAAUUCCAUGACAAGGUGAUCUCUGCGCUCCUGCAGACCAUGGAGGAUCAGUCGAACCCUCGCGUUCAGGCUCACGCAGCAGCCGCUCUCAUCAACUUCACAGAGGACUGUCCUAAAACCCUGCUCGUCCCGUAUCUGGACAGCCUCGUCCAGCAUCUGCACGUCAUCAUGGUGGCCAAGCUGCAGGAGCUGAUCCAGAAAGGCACUAAACUGGUGCUGGAGCAGGUGGUGACGUCCAUCGCUUCGGUGGCUGAUACCGCGGAGGAGAAGUUUGUGCCGUAUUACGAUCUGUUCAUGCCGUCUCUCAAACACAUCGUAGAAAACGCCAUUCAGAAAGAGCUUCGUCUGCUCCGAGGAAAAACCAUCGAGUGCAUCAGCCUGAUCGGCCUGGCUGUGGGCAAAGAGAAGUUCAUGCCGGACGCCUCAGCGGUGAUGCAGCUCCUCCUGAAGACUCAGACUGACUUCAAUGACCUGGAGGAUGACGAUCCGCAGAUCUCUUACAUGAUCUCUGCAUGGGCCCGCAUGUGUAAGAUCCUGGGGAAGGAGUUUCAGCAGUAUCUGCCUGUGGUGAUGGGGCCGCUGAUGAAAACUGCGUCCAUUAAACCUGAAGUGGCCCUACUAGACACUCAGGACAUGGAGAACAUGUCUGAAGAUGACGGCUGGGAGUUUGUGAAUCUGGGCGAUCAGCAGAGUUUUGGCAUUAAGACUGCAGGACUGGAGGAAAAGGCCACGGCCUGCCAGAUGCUGGUGUGCUACGCUAAAGAGCUGAAGGAGGGUUUUGUUGAAUACACAGAGCAGGUGGUGAAGCUGAUGGUUCCUCUGCUCAAGUUCUACUUCCAUGAUGGUGUGCGAGUGGCUGCCGCGGAGUCCAUGCCUCUGCUGCUGGAGUGCGCUCGUGUCCGUGGCCCAGAAUACCUCACUCAGAUGUGGCACUUCAUGUGUGACGCCCUCAUCAAAGCCAUCGGCACUGAACCAGACUCAGACGUGCUGUCAGAAAUCAUGCAUUCAUUCGCUAAGUGCAUCGAGCUGAUGGGUGACGGAUGCCUGAACAAUGAACACUUUGAGGAGCUCGGCGGCAUCCUGAAAGCAAAACUGGAGGAGCACUUUAAAAACCAGGAGGUCCGACAAGCCAAACGUCAGGAUGAAGACUAUGAUGAGCAGGUUGAGGAGACGCUACAGGAUGAGGAUGAAAAUGACGUCUACAUCCUGACCAAGGUUUCAGACAUCCUGCACUCCAUCUUCAGCAGCUACAGAGAGAAGGUUCUGCCGUGGUUCGAGCAGCUUCUACAGCUCAUCGUCAACCUGAUUUGUCCACACAGACCCUGGGCUGACAGACAGUGGGGUCUGUGCAUAUUUGAUGAUGUCGUCGAACACUGCAGUCCUUCUUCUUUUAAAUACGCUGAGUACUUCCUGCGGCCCAUGAUGCAGUCGUUGUGUGACACCAGCCCGGAGGUCCGGCAGGCUGCUGCGUACGGUGUCGGGGUCAUGGCUCAGUUUGGAGGAGAAAACUACAGGCCUGCCUUUACUGAGGCCGUCCCGCUCCUCGUAGGUGUGAUCCAGUCUGCAGACUCCCGAGCCAAAGAAAACGUGAACGCUACUGAGAACUGCAUCUCUGCUGUGGCCAAAGUCAUGAAGUACCGGCCCGAGUGUGUGAACGUCACCGAAAUCCUCCCUCACUGGCUCUCCUGGCUGCCACUCAACGAGGACAAAGAGGAAGCAGUUCACACCUUUAAUUAUCUCUGUGACCUCAUCGAAAGUAACAAUCCUAUCGUCCUGGGACCCGAUAAUACAAACCUUCCCAAGAUUUUCGCCAUUAUUGCUGACGGUGUUGCGAAUGAAUCAGUUAAAGGUGAAGACGGAUGCAGCAAACGACUGGCCAACGUCAUUCGCCAAGUACAAGUUUCUGGAGGCCUGUGGACGCAGUGUGUGUCAGCGCUGAACGAGACGCAGCAGAAGGCCAUCCAGGAUCUCCUGAACACGGCCUGAGAAUCGAGCGAAGCCUUAACCCUGAUAAACAAACAGCCCAUCUAUGAGGAUUAAACAAACUCUGCACCUCGAUCCCCACAUCUAGACUUUUGGCCCUUUCCCUGUUUUGAGCAAAGAACCGUCAUGUGACUCUGAGCCGCUGGACCUGAGAUCUCCACGUCUUUAACAUCGAGGAAUGCAUUUGCGUGCGCGUGUGUGUAUCCUGAAAAUAAAAAGGGCCGAGAAGCCUCAUCUUGAGUGGACGUGGGGGGGGGGGUUUAGGGGUAUGAAAUGAAUCUUAACCAUCAUCCAUUGUAGAUCUUCAGAAUUUCUGGUGUAGAAAUUGUGCUUUUCUCCCUAACGAGAUCAGUUAUAGUUGUUUUGUCACAACUCUGUGUGUGUGCGAGCGUGUGUGUGUGUGUCGACCCAAGCCCAAGCUGAUUUAGGGCUGUAUCCGGCUGUCCUCUCCCCCGGAUCGGACUGAAUGGACUGGUGUUGGUUGAGCUCUACUGCAGCAGAGCGAUGAUGCUGCGGUCGACUUUAGUUUGUUUUUGUUUUGUUCUUUCGGCUUUUUGUUUUCUCUUCGGCACCGGUCCUGAUGGCUGGUGCUGAUGUUUGGGAGAAUCGGGCAUCGUUUGCUCCUCCGCUGAUGAUGAUGAUGUCCUAACAGUGUCUGUCAUUGGCUCUCUUAAUCCAUGCAAAGAAAUACACAAACAUGAAUAAAACAGCGACUCUGGGUUCAGGGCUUCUCAUAUGAAGGAAAUGCGCAAGUCUGAAGCCGUUUGGUUUGGCUGACGGUUUGUCACGUGUCCAUCGAACAUUUGUAUGAUAUGCAAUCUAUCCUGGUUAAUCAUUUUACAACACUUUCAGUAUUAAAGCUGCAAGACAUGAUGAA